AGCAGCAUUUUGUUUGUCACGUCACGCCAUGCAACAAAUGGACAUCCACUGCUGACUGCAAACUGCCUCUUUAUGGGAGAGAGAUGAUAUCCGCGAUGUUAUGCUGAUUUCAUUUUCUAUUGAGCUCAUCACCCAAAUUCAUGCUUCGGUUAGAACUAUCUUGCAAAAAACACAUUUAUCUACCACAAAAUGAGCAAAUGAGAAGAGGAUACACCUCCCUCCUUCCCUCCCUACCUCUCUCUCUCACGGUCCCUUUCUCCCACUAUACCUUUUUCUCUCUCUCUUCCUCAUUUCACCAAUACAGCCUUCCUCCUGUUUCAUCUGUUACACGCGAUAGCGGUUAAGAGUUGUUUUCUGUUCAGUAGGGUUUUUUUUCUUUAGAGGACAGGUUAUUUCAUUUGAUAAGUAUUUUUUGUUUGUUGAAUUAUUUGUUUUCUAUUUUUUCGCUAGGUUCUUUAUUUUUAUUUUUUUAAAAAAAGAAAACAAACCCUUUUUUGAGCCGAACUGAGCAUUGUGUAAUAUUAGAUGUUUAAGUGCGGGCGCCCAAAUGGUGGCGAAAGGUGAGUGAAUGAUCUUACGGACCGUACGUUGCAGCUUGGACGACCGGGGGACAGGUGUAUCGAGCCUUUUCGGUGGAUGGAAUGCUGUAUCAUUGCAAAAGUUCUUUGGAGAAAAAAACACUCGUAGAAACGGUUAUAAAAACCGGAAACGUAGAUGAGGAGAACUGAACAUGAAUUGCAUAAACAAAAACAGCAACAAAAAAAAAAAAACAAAACGAAACAAAUAUUAAACAACAACACGUGUCUUUUCGCUAAAGACAUCUAUAUUUUUCUUUCACAAAAAUAAUUAUUUUAUACAAAUACAAUGUAAAUAUAGCUAAGUACUGUAAAUUAUUUCAAAUAAAUCCUAUUUCGGCGCUUGCCGAAACCGUGGAUACACAAAAUCGAAGAAGAGGAUGGAAGGGAGGCCCUUUUUUGUCAUAAAACAGUAGCAACAACUCAGAAUGCAAAAAAGAGAAUGAAAUCAUGGGGACUAGAUGAAAAAAAACCUCCAACCGACGGUUGCCUCUAAUCUUCGACUAAUACAUCUUCUCGUAAUUGAGUGAAAAACGGAGUAAACGUAGAAAAAGCAGGCGUUUUUUAAACAAUAGGUUUUAAAGUUGUAAACAAUGCGGAAGAGACGAAAUAGUGCGUGAGAGGGAACAAAAGAGAAAGAAGAAAGGAUAGGUAAUGAAGGGAGCCCACCAACAUUCACAGUGCACUAGACGAAAAACAGGAGCUAGCAAUAGCUGGUUCGUUAACAGCAGGAUUCAUAUGAUGUUAGGCCUGGUAAUAUUUUGUUGCUUUCCAUCUUUGUAGGUUCGAGGAGAAUUUACUACUCUACGAAAUCAUGGUUACAUAUAAAAAAUAUGAACGAAUGCAAAUCGCCACUGCUGUGCUAAUUGCAGUCUAUCUUCACGACGAUUCUUCUCCUUACAAAGUGAGAAUAAAUGUAACCACGAUUAUCAGCCAUCAUAUGCUUUGGACACCCCCAAGCCCACAUUGACAAUGUUCCGUUGCCAUCGUUUGGUAUUGGCUUGUCUUGUUUUUAACGUUGGAUUGGUUUGAUUUUAAUUUUAGCUUGUCGCGUUAUAGAUGAAUUUAUAUACACAGACAGAGGCUUCCUCAUCGCAUCGAAGUAAUUGGUAUAACGCUAAAUAAAAGCGGGUUGUGUCGGGUUUCUAAAUUUGCCAGACCCACAAGUCUGAAGACAAGAAAGAGACAGAGAGCAGCCAGAAAUGCAUAGUAUGGCGCGCCUGCUACGAAUCGUUGGCAAUAUGGGCUCCCAGAAAAUUGGUGGAUCUAGGUACAUUAUUUUAUGCUAGUAUAAUUGUAUGUGUUUAAUGGAAGGGAGGUGAGUGAAAGUAUAAUGAAGCAAGGGUAGUAAAUUCUGCGGAAUUGCGGAGUACCGCCGUUUCGUGGCCAGUAAUGGUCGCCUAAUGUUCUGACGAUAGAGUUAGUGUUUUCGCACAUAACAAGAAGGAGAAGGGUCCCAUAAAUCGCACUUCAGCGUGUGACUCCCUGGGAAAUGGAAAUCCUGAAGGGAGCUUAUAGAGCCAACAGAACUUAAGGUAUUUUUCGUUUUUAUUUUCCAUUUUGUGUAAAAGAAGAGAGACGAUGAGAGGGAAUAUAACAAAGGAGCUUGUGUCGAAAGAUUGGCGAAUGAAUGAGCGAGACGCGUGCUUUAUUGAGUGCGUGUUAAGUAGAAAAUUUACAUUCGAAGCUCCUUUAUUGCGGCGGGUCGCGCAGUGGUUAUCCCUUAGGGAAUCGGGAGGAAAAAGAGAAUGGAAAAGCUACUAGAGCGCUCUAAAAGGAAGAAGAUUGUAUUUUCCCCAUUUUCUUUUGCCAACACAAAAUAAAAAAAGAAAACGGUUCAUAACGUGAAAGAGAGAAGGUGUGUUCUAAGUGUUCGUUCAUUCAAACCCCAGUUUUGAAAAUCCGAAAUCGUUCCAUCGCCAAU